CUUUUUCUCUCUCUACAUCAACCCACAAAUUGGUCCAUUACAAAAUCAGUCUCAAACUGAUUUUUUUUUUUCUCGUUCUCCCUACAAAAGCUCAUCAAAUCUUCAACAACUCACACAAAUCUCCCUAAACUCAGAAACCCAACUGAUUUUAGGAGUUUUCAGUCCAAUUCAACCUUUAUUCCACCAUCUUCAAGCACAUUCAAGUUUCGAUAAAAAGUACAGGAAGUGGAAGGUGUAAUGGCAAUCUACUCAACAUCACUAUCUCCUUUCUAAGGGCCAGGCAUUUAUUUUUCCCCUUUUGUUUUAUUUCUCUUUUUUGUUUUGUUUUCCUUUAAUGCAUAAUAUUUGAUCACCACUUGUAUAUAAGGAAAGGAACAACCAUCAUUGUGGACAGUGGACACCAAGGAUGGACUCUCAGGGUACUGAACAGAAAGUAGUAGAAUUUGAUAGCCAAAACCAGCUGCAACCACCCAAAGGUACCACCUUCCUCACGACCUGCUUCAAUGGACUCAAUGCCUUAUCAGGCAUCGGGAUAAUAUCGAUUCCAUAUGCGCUUUCUCAAGGGGGAUGGCUCAGCUUAAUAAUCCUGUUUGGGGUAGCAACCCUCUGUUGCUACACAGGGAUACUUCUACGCCGAUGUAUGGACGCAGACCCUCUCAUCAAAACCUACCCCGACAUUGGUCAACUGGCCUUCGGGACGAAGGGAAGAGCCUUGGUAUCCACUUUCAUGUAUCUCGAGCUCUUCUUGGUCGCGGUUGAGUUUCUGAUACUAGAAGGGGACAAUCUCCACAAAUUGUUUCCACAAACUAGUUUCCACAUCGGUGGCCAGACGGUUGGGGGGAAACAGUGCUUUGUUAUCCUCACUGCCUUGGUUGUUCUGCCCACAACGUGGUUGAGGAGUCUGGGAUUGAUGGCUUAUGUAUCUGCUGGUGGGGUUUUGGCCUCCUUUGUCUUGAUCGGCUCGGUCUUUUGGGCGGGCGGAGUCGAUGGUUUGGGAUUUCAUGAGAAAGGAAUGUUGUGGAGUUGGAGUGGACUGCCUACAACUAUAAGCUUGUACACCUUUUGUUACUGUGGGCAUGCUGUUUUUCCAACACUCUGCAAUUCAAUGAAAGACAGAAACCAAUUUCCUAAGGUUCUACUGGUUUGCUUUGUUAUAAGCACAAUCAGUUACGGAUUGAUGGCGGUUCUCGGCUACUUGAUAUUUGGACAGAGCUUAAUGUCCCAGAUCACACUCAAUCUUCCCACUCAAAACAUGAGUUCGAAAAUAGCAAUUUACACGACGCUAAUAAACCCCAUCACCAAAUACGCGAUCAUCCUUUCUCCGAUCGCUACAGCUAUCGAAGAUACAUCUCCUUUCCGCAACAGCAGAUCCACCAGCUGCCUCAUCAGAACGGGUUUGGUAAUCAGCACCGCUGUUGUGGCGUUAGCAGUUCCGUUUUUCGGCUAUGUGAUGGCGUUUAUCGGCUCGUUUUUAAGCGUUAGUGUCUCGAUCUUGUUCCCGUGUCUAUGUUAUCUCAACAUCUACAAAGGGUACCGAAGAUUUGGGCUAGAAUUGGUGCUUAUUGUGGCAAUUGUUUUGAUGGGAAUUGUAGUGGCCGUAACGGGUACAUAUACUUCUCUCAGAGAAAUUGUAAAGCAUAUGACAAGGGUUUGAAAUUUUGAAUAUAUACUGUGCUAGAAAAACCGGUCUGCUUGAAUCGGAAAAUGGCGUCGUUUCUCCUUCGAAAAA